CCCCCCCCCCUCUUAGGGCAACAACUUAUCAGCAUCUGCCGGUAAGCCGGCAACAUUGCCUAAGUAUUUGCUUCAUUCGUGCCGAAUAGCUCGAGGGAUCAGUUUGUGGAACUUCAGCUCUAAACAAGUAUACAAACGCCAAAAUGCCUGCUCUCCAAAAACCAGCACCUGCAUUCAAAGGGACUGCCGUCGUUGAUGGUCAGUUCAAGGAUAUCUCGUUAGAUGACUACAAAGGAAAAUAUCUGAUCCUAUUUUUCUACCCAUUGGACUUCACUUUUGUCUGUCCAACGGAGAUCAUUGCCUUCUCUGAUCGUGUCGCUGAAUUCCGAGCUAUUGGAUGCGAAGUUGUUGCUGCAUCUACUGACUCACACUUCAGCCACCUUGCCUGGAUCAACACCCCACGCAAGCAGGGAGGUCUUGGAGAAAUGAAAAUACCUCUGCUCGCUGACAAGAGCUUGAAAAUUUCUAGGGAUUACGGUGUCCUUGACGAAGAAUCUGGCAUUCCAUUCCGUGGACUUUUCAUCAUUGAUGACAAGCAGGUUCUACGACAAAUAACCAUCAACGAUCUCCCCGUUGGGCGAUCUGUUGACGAAACACUCCGUCUUGUACAAGCAUUCCAGUACACUGACAAAUACGGUGAGGUCUGCCCUGCUGGCUGGAAACCAGGACAGAAGACUAUGGUGCCUGACGUCAAAGAAUCCAAGCAAUACUUCAAGGACUCGUAAAUCUCUGAAGAUGACGGGGAUUUGUCACACGGUGUUACUCUCAUGGCAUACACAAAUAUAAAAUAUUUUUCUCUCUCUCUCUCUCUCUAAACCAUGGGAGUAUACUUGGAUGACUUAUUGACUAUUUUGAUUACAAACAACUUAUUAUUCCUAUUUUGUGUAUUCCAGUCUUAAGUUGAUGAAAAACUUGUUUUUAAGUAAUAUUUUUCAACUUGAGAAAAAAAAUUGUACUUUCACCGAUGAAAACAAAUAACCACGCACCCGCAAAACUAUUCGUCAUAAUUGCCUUUUUGUCCUAUAAUUAGCGUAAAGCCUGUAAAAGGCAUUUUUGUAGUUCAAUAUUUAUGUAUUUUGGCAAUAUAUUACGAUUAUAGUGUGCAACUGAUGCUGAGUCAUAGCAGCCUUUUUUUUUAAAUAAACUAUCAUUUUGUAA